UUUAACAGGUUUUGCCCUGCAUUUUUGUGAGCAACUUGGGCCUCUGGAGGUGUUCUUCCCUACAUAGGGUAGAAUAGUUUUAAAAUGACAACAACCCUCCCUCUUCUCAGAGGAAACAACAUCUCCCUAGAAGACGCCUUGACAGAUGACGAUAAUAUCCUCCAUCGAUUAGAUUAUCCACAGAAAAAGGAGGAACUCUGGUCGUACUUUCUCUCCCACAAGAGUGAUAUCGAAGAAUUGGUGUCCUUCCAUCUUCACGCGAAGCACUGCCGGGUAUCCGACGAAGCUGACUGGUUAUUUGGAAGCUACAACGUGUGCAUUCCAGUCUAUAUUGACCUGCUGUCUGAGGAACGCGUCCUCGUUCGAAUCCCCCUGCCUUUUAAAGUCGGAGAGGCGAAUAACCCUGGAAAUGUGGAUGAAAAACUGCGGUGUGAAGUAGCUACCUACAUCUGGAUUCAUGAGAAUUGCCCAGCCGUCCCCAUUCCCUCCCUCUACGGGUUCGCAUUUCCUGAUGGGCAGACUUUCGCUAAACCAUCUUCUGUAUCCUUUAUUUCUCGGCUCCAGUGGCACAUUACACGGACCAUCCGCUCAUGGUUGGGGUUUCCUAUGAGAUGCCCCUUCGUUAGCCUUCGACGGUCGAACCCAUUGACAACCAAUGGGUAUAUGAUCAUCAGCUUUAUAAAGAACGGCCAGAUGCUCUCUAAUUCUUGGGCAACGCAUCUUCUUGAAGAUAAGACACGCAGGCAGACUCUCUUUCGUGACCUCGCAAAUAUUAUGGUUUCGUUAAAUCGGACCCAAUUUCCGCAAAUAGGGUCUCUAACUUUAAAUAAUAAUGGUGAAGUCAGUUUAACCAACCGACCCUUGACCCUACGACUCCAAACAUUUGAAAACGAAGGCAUUCCUACAAUCCCAAGAGACUCAACUUAUCGGGCUGUGGAGCCCUAUAUUCUGGACCUUCUACAGUGCCAUGACAACCGCAUUUACUACCAACCAAAUGCCAUUCAUGACUUGAAUGACGGUCAGGAGCAAUUUGCCGCUUUAACUAUAAUGCGUGGUCUCCUCUGUCAAUUUAUAUCUCGUCAAUAUCGCAAUGGACCAUUUGUCUUUACGCUUACUGAUCUUCACCCAAGUAAUAUAUUUGUUGAUAAUAACUGGCAUAUUACAUCUCUUAUUGACCUGGAAUGGGCAUGUUCUUUGCCUGUUGAACUACAAACACCCCCUUACUGGCUAUCUGGUCGGCCUAUUGAUGACAUUGAACAUGGAGAGCAUCUACAGAUUUUCGAGAAAAUUAUUAAUGAAUUGAUAGAUAUAUUCGAAGCACAGGAGCAAAAGAUUCAAGGCUCUAAAGCUUUCCAGGCCCAUAUCAUGAGAACAUGCUGGAAUCGAGGAAGUUUCUGGUACUUCCAAGCUGUACAUAGCCCAAAGGGACUCCUCCGGGUCUUCAACGAGCAUAUCCAGCGCAGAUUUUGUGAGGAGCAUUGUAGCCAACGAGUGUUUGAUCAAACUGUCAGUCCAUACUGGUGCGUAGGAGCCGAGGACUUUAUUCAAAAGAAGGUGGAGGAAGAAGCGGAGUACAAAGAUCGGCUGGGAAAACGGUUUGGUGAUUUUGGUCAACGAUUUUGAUUCUGUUCGACCCUCUUCUGUUCGGUGGCGCUUUGGACAUCGGACAGCUAUCUGGGUGCCUCAAAAUCGGGUCCGAUUGUUCGGGCAGAGCCGCGGCUUUCCAUCGCAGCUCCCCGUAACGAUCGCCAUCACUGGCAUACUGUGGAAUUCUACGGUAAAAUCUCUCCAUCGCUAGGUGGUUUCUCAUUAGAAUAUUCCAAUAAGGCUUGUCUUUCAAGUCGUCAC